CAUCGCCUGAUAUUUAUGUCACCAAAGCGUCAUUGAAAUCAUUGCAAUCGUGGGUGGUAAAGGUUUUAAUUGUUUUGUGUUCUGUUUAAAGAUAACAAACAAUCGACCAAUAUUAGUGCUGAUUGUGUUAGUUUACAUAUUGUGACCGAGCGGUUAGCUGGAGGAUCUUACCGGAUUGCUCUGUACAUGAAUCCAUCCGGUGAUCAACGGCUUGUCUUGCUUGAAUGACCAUCGAAACAGUGCAGCCGCACUCAGAACAUUCAUUUAUGCUUCAUCAGCAAUAUCAACACCAUCGCGUGCAAGAGCCACCACAGCAACAACAACCACAGAUCAAACCACUAGACUUCACUUUGACCAAGCGACUUUUAGCAGCCGUAUUUUUCCUGCUUGUUAUUUACGCCUGGAAGCAGUACUUCGACGAAGGAAAGCGAUCAGAUACUACUUUUUCGUAGUAUCAACGCAAAUCAAGGUAAGAUGAGUACCAAGAAGGUGUCCUAUUUUUUCAACCCGGACGUAGGAAAUUUUCAUUAUGGGCCAGGACAUCCAAUGAAACCACACCGGUUGUCGGUUAUUCAUCAUAUGGUAAUGAACUAUGGACUACACAAAAAGAUGCAGAUUUAUCGACCUUACAAAGCUAAUGCACAUGAUAUGUGCCGCUUUCAUAGCGAUGAGUAUAUCGAGUUCCUGCAACGCGUGACACCGCAGAACAUUCAGGGAUUUACCAAAUGUCUAUCGGUGUUCAACGUCGGCGACGAUUGUCCGGUGUUCGACGGGUUGUUUGAGUUUUGCGCCAUGUACACCGGGGCUUCGCUCGAAGGUGCACAGAAGCUAAAUCACAAUCACAGUGAUAUCUGCAUCAACUGGUCCGGUGGACUACAUCACGCUAAAAAGUUUGAGGCAUCCGGGUUCUGCUACGUCAAUGAUAUUGUAAUCGGUAUUCUGGAGCUUCUCAAGUACCAUCCAAGGGUGCUGUACAUAGAUAUUGAUGUUCACCACGGGGAUGGUGUGCAGGAAGCAUUCUAUCUAACCGACCGGGUCAUGACGGUUUCCUUUCACAAAUACGGUAAUUAUUUCUUUCCGGGCACUGGCGACAUGUAUGAGAUAGGAGCGGAAUCGGGUCGGUAUUAUUCAGUAAAUGUACCGCUGAAGGAAGGAAUUGACGAUCAGAGCUAUGUACAAGUUUUCAAGCCGGUUAUUUCUGCGGUAAUGGAAUUUUAUCAACCAACGGCAAUAGUCCUUCAGUGUGGCGCGGAUUCGUUGGCUGGUGAUCGUCUCGGUUGUUUUUCGCUUAGUACGAAAGGUCAUGGAGAGUGCGUUAAAUUCGUGAAAGAUCUGAAUGUUCCUACGUUGGUGGUCGGCGGCGGAGGCUACACCCUGCGAAACGUGGCCCGAUGCUGGACGUACGAAACCUCCCUGCUAAUCGACGAAACCAUCUCCAACGAACUGCCGAUGAAUGACUACCUAGAGUUUUUUGCGCCUGAUUUUACUCUCCAUCCGGACAUUCCUAGCAGGCAAGACAAUGCCAAUAGUAAGCAGUACCUGGAGGCCAUCACACGGCACGUAUACGAUAAUUUGAAAAUGUGUCAGCAUGCACCCAGUGUUCAGAUGUUCGACAUUCCAGAGGAUGCCCUGCCGGAGGAAGUCAAAGUUAAGGAAGAACCCAACCCAGAAGCAAGGAUGACGCAGGAAGAGGAAGAUAAACAGGUGGAGCCAAAAAAUGAGUUCUUUGAUGGAGAUAAUGAUAACGAUAAGAGUGAGAAUGAACCGUAACAGUAGGCUUAGUAUAGCAUGUUUAGAAUUAGGUAGUAUUUUAAGCUGAAACAGAAGAACCGUAGAGCAGCGAUUGUGUUUAAAAGUAUAAGGUUGACGAAAUCGCACAGAAUGCGAUGCAACUUUU